AUGACCCCCACCCCACCCCGCAGGGGGGACCCACCCGUGAGGCGAGAUAAGCGCAUUAGCAUGUCUGGCCUCUGAGGAAGGCUGCCCCCUCUCGCCUUCCCUUCUGCUCCUUUCAUUCCUUCAUCCUUCUGCUCCCCUGUGGCUCCUCCAGGCUCAGCGCGGGGGGGGGGGGGGGACCGGCUGGGCUGCCCUAAAUCCGCCUCUGCUUGGGAGCUGGAUCUUCCUCACUUCCACUUCUACCCCACUCCAAAUCUUUUUUUUUUUUUAAAGCAAUUUAUUGGAUUUUACAAUAAGAAUAAACAUAAUAAACAAUAUAACAUUUGUCUUAACAUAGUUUCACAUUUUCUUUGGACUUCCUCACAUCCCCGCUCCCACUUUCAUCGUUAUAACAUUUUGUCAGCAAUUUAUCAUCUUAUUUAAAUUCUUAUAUCUCUUCAAUGUUUCAUAAUCUUAUAGUUCUCAUAGAGAGUUAAACUUUCACAGUCUUACUUAUUUUCUUAAAAACUUCUAAGUUAAGUGGUGCUCAGUUAUUUAGUCUAGCAUCUUAUUUAGCAUUCACUCAAAUCACAAUAUUUUUGUAGAUAGUUCUUAAAUUUCUUCCAAUCCUCCUCGAUUCUCUCUUCUCCCAGGUCACGGAUUCUGCCGGUCAUUUCAGCCAGUUCCAUGUAGUCUAUCAGUUGCAUCUGCCAUUCUUCCAGUGUGGGUAAAUCUUGAGUUUUCCAAUGUUUUGCAAGAAGUAUCCUUGCUGCUGUUGUUGCAUACAUAAAAAAUGUCUGGUCCUUCCUUGCCACCCCUUGGCUGACAAUACCCAGAAGGAAAGCCUCUGGUUUCUUGGUAAAGGUAUAUUUAAAUACCUUUUUCAAUUCAUUAUAAAUCAUUUCCCAGAACGCCUUCACUUUAGGGCAGGUCUCUACCCCACUCCAAAUCUGCCUCUACAGCAGCUUCGGGGCGAAGAGGAGGCGCCACUCUUUCCGCCUUUCUUCGCCAUUUGAUCUUGAUCCCCCAACAAUCUCCAUUCUCCCCUUCUUCCCUGGGGGGGGACAGUUUUGGGACUCGUCUCAGGGGACCAAAUGACCCCCCUGCAGGAGUAAGUCUGGCCAAGGUGGCUGGGACGUCAGCUCAGGCAAAUGCCCCCUUUUUCAUCUUUGCCUCCUUUUCUGAACCUGCCCCUGGGAAUUCGGCUGGUGUUUCUCUCCCUCCUCCAUAAAGAAAGCCCUGAGCACUAGCAUUCCCUGGUCGGUUGCCAAAUGCUGAGGGGUGAGCACUCUGCACAUGCCUGGGAGUAAACCAUCUACCAGCUCCUGUUAGAUUCCCUUAGGUGAGAGAAAGGGUUUCUAGAGUGAUAGCCCAGUAGGUGCCUCCCAGAACUCAUUGGAGGAAGACUAAAUGGUGACCGCCACAGCACUGUCGAAAACGAGGACACAGAUAUCAUUCAAUGGGUCUGUGCUAAUGUAGGUAAUAUUAAUCUGUAUAUUUUGAAGUAUGGUUGAUUCCCACCCCCCUCAAUUUUAUUAUUUUAUCUGUUUGUAAAACAAAAAACUGCAAAGUGGUUUACUAUCAAGUGGGGUAUACAUUUAAUGAAAUAAAUAAACAAAUGGCCAAAGGCAACUUAAAAACAAUUACUGUAAUUUAAAUAGAAAUAUAAUACAUCUCACCGUACUUAGGUGACCUGAAUGCCUGCUUAGUCUGCUGUCCAAAUGCUGACUUUUGGUGGGCAUUUGUUUGAAAACUGCAGCUAGACUAUAAAGCCUUUCAAAGAAUGCUGUGUCUGCUAUGUCUCUGUUCCAGCACUCUUUUGUUUAAUCAAAUUUCCACUAUACUUUCCACUAUACUUUUCUUCAACAAGGCUACACUUUCUGAAAAACAACCUAUUCACAAUGGGCUUCAGAAACCACAAAGUUACUGUCUAACAACCUGCAGAUUAACACACACACAUUAAUUAAUUACACCUCGUUCCAAAGAGCACCCACAUUGAAGUAUGAUUUCUGGUAAAAUAACAUAGGGUGAAAAGAAUUUUUAGGCAAACUUAAUGAAUGGAAGAGUUAUGGGUAUUUAAAGAGCUUUGAUGGUUAUUUAAAGAUUGCGCUUUCAAAAUAUACAUUGAGCUGUUGAAGCAAAUGUCGACACAGCUCCACUUUUUCUGAUAUCUGCAGGCAUAACACAUUGCCCGCAGUCAGAUUGGACGUAUUUGGGCAAUAUAAUAAUUUUAAUAUUUCAAACGGAAAGGAGAUGAAGUGGGUGUCAAUCAGGGAGAGAGCUUUAUUGGCAGUAGUACCCCAGCUAUGGAACAGCCUCCUCAGUGAGUCUUUCCUGGUGCCUUCUUUAUCUUCUCUAAAUCAUCUAGUGAAGACCUUUUGGUUCACCCACAUGGUUUAAUUCUUUAUUGAAGCUUGGGUGUUUUAUGCUCUCUGUGAUGCUAUCCAUAUAAGUUUUUUGUUCUCUUUAUUUUUGGUUGAUCAUGAUUUUAAAUUAUUAUAAAUCAAGACAGAUCCAUUUAUUCAGAAAUACGUCCCUCUCAAUCCCUACCAUUUCAUUUACUUAUGUACUGCUUUUGAAAUGAACCUCACAAAGUGGUUUACAUCAAUAUAUCAAAACAAUGAGCAUACAUUAAAAAUGUAAUAAAACAGCGAAGGCAAACUGCAAGGGGGGAAAGUUCAAUGCUUUUAGGAUUGUAGCUUUUAAAAGUGUAGUGGGAGAGAAAAUUUCCGCUAUCCACUUUCUCCAUGCAAUGCAAAAUUUUAUAAAUUUCUGUCAUGCCACCUCUUAUCCAACUUUUCUCUAAACCAAAAAGUUCCCAAUGCACCAACCUUUUCUCAUUGUUCCAUCCACUUGAUCACUCUGCCGGCCCUUUUCUGAAUUAUCUGAACUGGAGAUCUAUGAUAACGCAUCACCUGCUUGUAUGCAUAGGGUGGGAUGGGGGGAGCAAUUAAUCCCUUUCCCCCUCCCCCUCCCCAGUCCUAAUUGCUUUCUAAAUUGCUGUUUCCUUUGCAUGGCAGUGUUGGGAAGAAGGUGGGAAGAACGCUGGUUGUUUUGCAGUAGAUCAGAAAGGAUUCCUGACCUCACCUCCCCGUGUUUAUAAAUACAGUAACUGCAAAAUAAUCCCCCUCCCCCUCUCCAUUAUACUGCUGAGAUGAAGAAUACUUGAGUUAACCAGGAACGGAUUUACGUGUGGAAAGCCUGUGAGCUCCCAUUAAUUCUGAUUCUCAAAACAAGUUCCUGGGCUCAUAAUUCUUGUAUUCUAAGUGUAUGGCUUUUGUACUAAGCUCUUUAUUGCUGGAUCCUAGGUUCUAGUUAAAGUGAGGGAAGCAAAUCUCUUGCUGCAUGGUGCCUGUGACUUGCAACCCCCUUAUUGGGCCAAUAUUAGUUCUGAGUGGGCAACUUGGAUGGGUAAAAUAGCAUGGUAUUUACACCUCUUCCCCAGCGCCACAAAUAGUUCUGAAUCUCUUCUCCCCUCCCCUCCCCUUGUUUGCUAUUUUAAAACCCAACAGCAGAUGUCUAUUACACUUCUAUUACACUAUUACACUUCUCCCAACAUCAGUCCCAAGCAGUGACAGACCUAAGCGAAAAAUGAGUGCAAAUUUAAUCAUAUGUUAAUAAAAUAUAGCUUGCUUACAUAGCUUAGAUUUCUUUCUUCGGUUGCCGCUGCUGUUAUGUUUACCGUCUUAUUCGCAUUUGAUGCGAUUCCUGGCCGUUGCCACUGCUUCCAUCCAAGGCGAUGUACAAAUUUAUUUAGACGAGAGGGGAUGCUAUGAGGGGUAUUGGAAUUAAGUUGUUCCAAGCUUCUUUGUCGAUAUGAAAUAAUUUACACUUGCUUCUUUUUAGAACAACAUUUUUUUUUUAAAAAAAGGAGAGUAUCCGUUUAAGAUAGGAAGUGUGUGCUACCUGGUAAAGGGGGGAGCGUGUUCUUUGGUUGGACCGCAAGUGUGAUUUUUGUACGAUGCAGGUGUGGGACACCCCACUUUAUUCAGUUCUGGGGUAGUUACUUGCACUGGCUUGGCAAAGAAAAUGUGUAGCAGUCGCCGGAAAGUUCUCUCUCUCUCUCUCUCUCUCUCUCUCUCUCCUCACCUCUGAAUUCUCUUCUCUUCAGUUGCCUGCAUUGGAUAAUGCUCCAAGUCAAAACGUGCCAACAGCGAAAUAUUAAGCAGAUCAACGCCGGUUUUUAAAAUGUAUUUUAUUGCUUUUUCACAGUGAAUACAAUUUAAAAUGCAAUAAACGACAUCUGCUAGUCUGUCGUUUCUUGGAAUCAACAGCAGUUUAAAGUUGGAGCCACUGCUUAAAACCAAGGGCUAAGGACGAAAUCACAGACUAAAGUAGGUCAAAGUCAAUUGGCGGCCGAAGAGUCAACUGCCAAAGGGGUGGCGAGCGAGGGAGGGAGGGGAUUGACUCAGUUUAGCAAAACGACGGAAGAAAAGGUGACUCCCUCUUAUCGGCUGAGAAGUAAGGGUGGGGUUCGCCCACCGGAGAUAAAUGCCCAGACCGAACCCCCAGCAGAAUAGCAGAGUGAACCUGAGAGAGUUAGUCUCCAUUUUUAAGGCAAAACCAAUUCAGGAGAGAGCGAGAAAGAGUUUUUUCAUGAUGGCAACCAACAACGAAGGUAACAGAAACUUUAAAAAAAAUGAUUAUUAAUUCACUGUCUUUAAAAAACAACAACAUUGCUCUAAUGAUUUAUAGGGGAAUGAGUAGGAAGGAAGAUGAUUUCUGUUUCAUCUGGGUCAGGAUCCAGGCGUAGGGCAGGCUUUCAAAGACCCAUUUGUGGUAGCCAGGGAGAGGUUAUUUCCUGGGAAGAAGCCCAGGCAAGACUGCUUUGCACACCUUUAUUCGUAAACACGAAGCAUUUAGUGCGUGGAAAGUGCGAUCCUAUACAGUACACACUUUCCUGAACGUUAAAUCCUUUUCAAAUAAACGGCGAUUUAAUUUCCCAAUAAACGUGGUUAGGAUCGGCUGCGGAAAACGAAGGCAGGCAUAGAAAUAAGAGCGUAAACUUCUUACUGAAAAUUCUUUGGUUUGUUUUCAUGCAAGCCUUGUUCAGAGCAAUCAGAGGUUUAUUUAAAGGCCACAAAGUGCGUGGAUUUCAAUGUCAGGUACAAAAGCCUUCCUGUAAAGGCGCUCUGCCGGGUGGGUGGUCAGCGGGGCGGUUGAAAGAAUUGCCACUGAAGCGUUCUCUACCGGGGGUCGUUUUACGCAGUGUAACCUCAGGCAGCGCCCGAUUCUGGGGGAAAGUGCAGGCGAUGCAGCCCCGAGCUUUCCAUGCCGGGAGGAAGAUCUGCAAGCGUCGCUUCAGUUGAAGCCGAGCGCUUCCUUCAGAUUUGCCUCUUUGUCUUUUCCCAGGAGGAAGCUACCCCAAAACCGGAGGAGAUAGGAGAAAAAAGAACCGUUUUUAGCCCAUCUCACGUCGAGCUUCUAAAAAAGUCGUUUGAAGAGGACCCGUACCCCGGAUACGAGACUAGGGAGGCACUGGCGAGGUGCAUCGGAAUCGAAGAAGAUCGUGUGCACGUAAGAAGAGGGAAAGUGGGGGUUCCUGGGACUUCCUUAGACCGCAAAUACCGGAUAAAUUUAAAUCGCUCAGAAUAAUUCUUUCGUUGUCAUUCGAAUGCCUUAGCUCUCCCUGGUGCCUCCGAGCUUAAUGUGAAAGGUGCCUUAUUCAAGAGGCAGCUUCCCUUUUCCUGGGUUUUUGUGGGGUUUUAUGGGGGGGGCUGUUGUACCGUGGAUGUAAAGGCUUUUUGUAAGGGGCGGGUGCGUUGUGUCCCCUCCUUUUCAACUGUAGGAAGAAAUUGUGCCCAUACUUGUUCAGAAAUCCUGGUUCCUGAUUAAGGCUUCCUUUUCCUUCCCACUCAAAUUAUUGGAGGCACAUACUUUCAAAUAUCAAAGGUUCUGGGUUUGAACUGUAAAAACUCUUAACAGACCUGGUUUCAACCUAAUUUGAGGAUAAAACCAUCUGGUUUUCUGGGCCACCUUUAUAGCCUGAUCCACCUGACCGAACUCCCAAGGGAGUGUGCAUAGGAUAUUCCUAUUAGGAUGGCAGCUUUCAGCACCUUGCAUUGAGAGAUCAAAUGUGCAUCAUUCAGCUGGAACCACAGUUAAGCAACAUUGCUUUUCUAGCCAAUGUCCCGCAAGUCCCUAGUUCACCCACACUGAAAAAAUUGUACCACACGAGGCACAAUUAUUUGGCGGUCCUCUGAGCUAGAAAGUGAAAUUAUGACCUAUGCAUUUGGAAAUAAUAGGCAUUUUGUUCUCUCCUUUCUUUUGUUCAGACCUGGUUUCAGAACAGAAGAGCGAGAACAAAGGUGACUGGGUCCAAAACAAUGAUCAGGAACCAAGCUACAACUCCUUAUAGCCGCUCUGACAGAAGAAGUCCAAGCACUCCGGGAAGCAACGCAAGAAGUCCGACGCAGCAACAUUACCAGCCACGCAGCUUCCAUUAUCCCGAAAGCUAUGAAGGAGCAGGGUUCUGGCAGUCACCUCUCAGCACCACGCAACCAGGAGAGCCUGUCUAUGCCGCACAGCAGCAGAACUCCCAGGAAUUGAACCCGGUUCAUUACCAGCCAGCUGCUGUUGGUGGAACUGGGCUUUGUGAGACUUCCAAGGCAAGCAACUGCCCAGUUCCAUAUUAUGGUGCAGAGAUGAUGAGGCAGCCUCCACCAUCGGCUGGUAACUUCUGCACUCCAUCAAGCAGUAAAACUCCCUGGUCUGCAAUGGGGAACAGUCAUGCAAUGGGGAACACUUAUGCAACGGGGAAUUAUCCAGCUGCAAAUCCUGUGCAAAUGUUGCCUGAAGAUUACCAAAAUGGGCAGCAAAGCAAUAUCUUCCCUUCUCUCGAUAUAUACUCCCGAUAUCUCCCGAUAUAUACUCAUCCAUAUGAAUACAUUUUACAGUUUUUCAGUAAAGUUUGUUAUUUUAAUGCCUUUGUCUGGGAUCAUCAUCUGGCUUUCCUUUUACUGAAGCAUUCUCUUCCCUUUGCCCAAGCAAGCUAAGAGCACUUGUAUAUUGAAAUCAAAAAUAAAAGCUGAACAAUUGGCCACUUGUUCAAAUAAGGGCCACAGUCAAAAUCUGGGGUUGGAACAAUUGGGGAAAUGUUUCAAAAUGUUCCAAUUUUGCUUUUGCUUUUUUCGGGUUGAUGUGGGUUAAAUGUUUAGUUGGGGUUGGUGGUUAUUUUAAUUUGGGUAUAAGUAUAAACUGUUCAUUAUUGCUAUUAUUAGUAUUAUUAUUUAUUAUUACUAUUGGUUUCUUGGUUUGCUAUUUAUUUGUUUUGUUAAAUGUUUGAUGCAUUGUGUUGUAAGCACAAUGUAUUUUUGUACUUUUUGCAGAAAACAAUAAACCAUAUAUGGAUAUAGAUAUAUAUGUGUGUUUUUGUGCAUGUGAUUCUAUGGGGAUGGAUUUUUCUGAGCCCUGCCUGCCUGCUAUGCUACAUAAUGCACUCCCUUUUUGAAAUGUUGCAUGAAUACAGAAAGGGGUUGUUUCUGCCGGAUCCCCUCUCUGCUUUUGCGUGCAACUUUCACGAAGGAAGAGUUCACCCAAAUCAAAAUGCUCAGUAGCUUGAUGAUGCGACUCAGACAUUGGGUUAAAUCAGGGGAUUCAAAGUGUUAAAUGAGGAUGCUAAUUGAGAGUAUUGGGAAUGCCUUACAAGAUUCCAAUCUGUUUAUAAUGCUACACAUUAUCACUUCAUCAUUCAGUAUUUCCUCUUUUCCCUAAUCUUAAACCAAGCUAAUCCUUGCUGAGCUUCUGACAACCAGACAAGGGACCAAUUUUGCUUAUGCAGUUCAGGGUUUGCUUUCCCUCUGCUUUCCAGCCAAAUGGUUCUGAACCGGGUUUCAAUUCCACGAGCUUAUUUCUCUAUUUAUAUCCCACCCAGGGGCGCACACUUGGAUAGAAAAUUUGGUGGGGGCAAGGGACCUGGGCCCAAGAGUUGGCUCCUAGGACCCCACCUUUCCCCCCCUGGGACCUCGAGGCGGCCCACCUCCUUCUUCCCCCUCCGCCCUCUCAGCCCCCGACACCCCCGCGAGGGAGACCAGCCUGAGAGGCGGCGACUGGCGCAAAGGCACCCGAGUGAGCUUCGGGGCUGGUAGUAGGGUGUGUGUGUGUGUGCAGGGUUUGUGGUGUGUGCGUGCGUUUAUGCAGGGAUUUGAACCCUGCCCGCCUCAGACCAACACGCUAAUACGCCUCCAAAUACGGUAUAUACAUGCCUGAGGGAAGAUAGCCGCGCCCUGUGGUGGCACCUGGGGAGCGGCUACGAGAUAACUCUGAAGGGCUUCCCUCUCGGCAUUGUCUUCCCUUAUUACGUUCCCGCAGCAUCAGCGCUAUAACGAACGUCUUGCUGGGGCAACGGGGGGGGGCGGGGGUGUCCUUCCCGCUCCUCUUUCGGGUCCCAACGGCUGCCCAUCCCCCACUCCCUCUCGCUUCGCCUCAUAGAAUCCAGGUUGACGCCGCGCGCCAUUUCCCGCCCAAACCGCCCCCGCGCAUGCGCCCCCGCCUGUCCUGCCUUCGCGCCCUUUGGCCACGGCUUCCCCUGCGGCGUCGCCUUGGCCGCCCUCCUCCUCCUCCUCCCUGGUCUCCCGCUUCUCCCCCCCUCCCCUCGGUCUCCUUUUCGCUCCCUCUUCACACAAUGACCCCCCCACCCCACCCCGCAGGGGGGACCCACCCGUGAGGCGAGAUAAGCGCAUUAGCAUGUCUGGCCUCUGAGGAAGGCUGCCCCCUCUCGCCUUCCCUUCUGCUCCUUUCAUUCCUUCAUCCUUCUGCUCCCCUGUGGCCCCUCCAGGCUCAGCGGGGUGGGGGGCGGGGGGGACCGGCUGGGCUGCCCUAAAUCCGCCUCUGCUUGGAAGUUUUUUGUUCUCUUUUAUUUUUGGUUGAUCCUGAUUUUUAAUAAUUAUAAAUCAAGACAGAUCCAUUUAGUCAGAAAUACGUCCCUCUCAAUCCCUCCCAUUUCAUUUACUUAUGUACUGUUUUUGAAAUGAACCUCACAAAGUGGUUUACAUCAAUAUAUCAAAACAAUAAGCAUCCAUUAAAAAUGUAAUAAAACAGCAAAGGCCAACUGCAAGGGGGAAAAGUUCAAUGAUUUUAGGAUUGUAGCUUUUAAAAAGGUAGUUUAGUGGGAGGUUGGAGGUUAUUAUUUAUUUGUUAAAUGUGAACCUCAUUUUUGUUCCAAAAUGUUGCUCUCUAGACCAGUUUCUAUUCAUCCAGACAAAAUGAUUCUGCCACCCUGACCAGUUAAUACUUAAAAACUCUUGAGUAUUGCUUCAUCAAUGUGAUUACACUAUUGACAGAGAACUUUGAUCACCAUGUUAACAUCUAUGAUGUCAUGAAUAGCUCUAUCUGAACUGAAAUUUACAUGGAUUUGCUGAUCAUUCAGAUGUCUAUCGAAAUAGUGUGUGAAGCAAUCCCAAGAGAAUGAUAACUUGGGAAACUGCUCUCUGCUUGGCUGUCCUCCAAUUGCAUUCAGAAUAAGAAUAAGAUUACAGUGAGGGCAGGCAGAUCUCUGAAGCACCAGGUGUGUAUCCUUUCUCCUCAAACUACUUGCCAGCUCAAACACUGCACAGAAUCUCCCCCCCCCAUUGAUCUAUCUAUCUCUCCCCUCCAGACUAGAUUUGAGUCCCAAGUAGGCUGUUUCUUUCCAGCUCCUACUUCUCCUGGCUCAGCCUCUGCCUCCCAGUAAAAUUCUGGUCUAUUCCUACUAAAGGACACCACACUCUGUUCUUCACAAUACACUCAGAGGGGAAGUUGUUUUUUCCAGAGCCAACUCUUUCUCCCAUUCACUCUUUAUACCUCAGCCUGUCUCCUAACCUGUCUCCCUACCUAUCUCCCACCCUCUCCAACCACAAUUCCAACCCUCUCAAACUAACUGUCUCUCCAGAACCUCUCCUUUGAAACUCUCCCUCCUGGAACCACGGACAAUCAGAGGCUGCCAUUCAUUAACAAUCUGCAGGCAGAAAAAAAAAGAAAGAAACACUUGUUGAUCCAACCUGUCCAGCAAAACCAACUUUUUCGUCACAUAGGUUUCUUCAGGGAUGUAUGUACUACUGCUUGACCAAAGGGAGCAGGCCCCUGGAUACACUUGUCAGCUUUACCAGCGUGGAUGGACAGAAAUCAAGAGAACAAGAAGCUGCUUGCAACAUUGCAAGGGUCCUGUUCAUAUCGGCAGACCACGGAAACAGACAUUUAUCCCACAAAAUGUGGGAAGGUGCUGCACUUCCCAGAAUAGCUUCCUUUUACUUCUCUUGCGGCUCAGCUGUUUUUACAAUUGUUCAUUUAGCAGAAAUGUCACCAGUUAACUGUUUCCCAUCACUGCGUCUUCAUGGCAGCAAGACAUGGAACUAAAGGCAUGAAGAGGUACCAGAAAAAUUAGCAUGCAAUAUUAGAUAGAUAUAAUAUAUCACAGUGGUUUACAUUUGCAUAUAUAUAUAUAUAUAUAUAUAUAUAUAUAUAUAUAUAUAUACACAAAUUAAAAACAAAAUAAUUAAAAACAAACACCAGGAGACCAUUGUGAGUGAUGUGCUUUAAAUUGCCUGCAUAGGCUUGGUGAGACAGAAAAGUUUUCUUCCCAUUCAUGAGUUCCAUAAGGAUACAAGCAUAAGCAAAGAGACGGAAGCUGGAAAUGAACUGAUGCAAGAGCCAACAGAUCCGCUGCAGAUUGCUGGCCACUGGGAAAACUUUAUUGCAGUGAUGGGAAACACUGUAACUUAGUGGUAGAACGUGUUGUUUGCAUGCAGAAGGUCCCAGGUCCAGCUCCUGGUGUCUCCCAGGUAGUAGGGCUUGAUCAGACUCCCACCUGAAACCCCAGAGAGCUGCUCCACAUGGCAGAAGCAGAACCAUCAAAUGGUGAAGUUGGCAGGGACCCUGAGGGUCAUCUAGUCCAACCCUCUCCAAUGCAGGAAAAUGUAUUAGGUGGACUACAACUCUAAUAAUAUUUGAUUAUUGAUCAUACUGGCCGGGGGUAUCUUAAUCUUCCCUCCACAAAAAUGAGGUUGAAAUCAAUCCUAGGUGCACUUUUCAUUGCAGGAUUUAAAUGGCAGACCAAUUAUUUAGGACAGUGUCACUUGCAAUAGUAUCAAACAAUGCCUCCACAAUUCAACCACCUAGCAUUUGCGGUUUUUCUUCCGCAAAAGGUAUGUGAAGCUUGGUUGUAAGAAGGAAAUAACAGUAUAAACAAUACUAUCUUUUCUUGUAAAUCAACACUGUUGCAAUAUAUAUGGAGCUAUAUCAAUGGGAAGCUUGCUUUAUAUCAGUUAUUCAAACUGGCCUCCCCCAGCCCCGAUAAUUUAUAUCAGUUGAUCCUGAAAGGGGCUGAGGCUAUAAAUGACCCAGAGGGCCAACAAGUAUGUGGGAGGAACUGUAAACAGCAGAGGCCAGGAAGAUAAGUUCAGAUGGUGAUAAUUAGGUUAUUAACAGUCCAUUAUUAAGAAGGUUUGGGGGCAUUUCCUUUCCCUUUGACCUCACUUACAAUCCCCUGCAACUCAGGAUAAUACUUUAUACAUCUGCUAUUGGGCUGCAGGUAUGCCUAAUUUUGAUAAUUUCUGAAAUGACUGUUCUUUUUGGACCUGAUCUAGAUGCGAAACACUGGGAUAUACUGCCCCCUAGUGCUUAUUUGUGAAUUUAAGAUGCUAUUUAUCUGCUUUCUCUUGUUUGCUUGAGCUAUCUGGAUUUGUUUCUACACAACUUAUUCAGUGCCCAACAGAUUAUCCUUAUUCCCUGCAGGAUUUUGUUGUGUUUCCUAGAUGAUGGGUUACCAGUAAAAGGCCUCAUUCCCAGUCCCAAAGAUAAGUGUGCUGCUCAUGGGUGUAAGCAAGGGGGGCAGCUGCCCCCCCCCCCGAUCAAGCAAAAAACAAUAGAAAUACUUAAGUAACUAACCAAUCAUGUUGGUUCUGCACCUCCUAACAAAAGUCCUGCCCCCCCCACAAACAAAAAUCCAGGCUACGCCCAUGGUGCUGCCUGCAACAAUGCUUCAUUUUUAGAAAAGAGAGGUCAUGUUUGCUUCGGGACCAUGCCACCUGACUUCUUCACUCUUAAAUAAAUAUGGAUAGGUUGCAACUGCUCGAGGGUAAAAGGACAAUCUGCACAUGCACAGAAAAACUCUUCUUGUAGUUAUUACCUAUGACAGAACAGUGUGUAGUGGUUAGAAUGCAUGGAGACAUGGGUUCAAGCUCUAACUGAGCCACGAAGAUCACUGGGUAGACUUAAGCCACUUAUAGCUCAGCCUAACAUUCCUCAGAAAGCUGUUGUGAAGAUAAAUGGGGAUGAGGGACAUCAUGAAAACCAUCCUGAGGAUUUGUAGGAUGCAAGUGUAAUAAAUAAAUAUUAAAUUUGAUGUAAUCAGGCAUUGGUUUGUUAAAAAAUUGGAAAACUAAUAAAUAUUAUUUGGCAGAUAAAUAAAUGUUCUGGAAACCCAGAUUCUGGAGCUGCAGAUAUUAAGACAAUCUCUUCCAACCUAAAAAGUUAAGGAAGCUGUAUCAGUUUGUAAGAAGAGCAAUCUGUCUUGCAGAAGUUGCCAUUGACUGAUUCCGAGUCUCAUAUUGCUGUUAUGAGCAGUGUCUUGAUAGCAGAGCCUCAUGACAUGGCAAAUUGCUGUCUGUCAAUUGGCAUUUCCACAGUGCAUCUACACAGUUGUGUGCUGGCUGCAAGGUAUUGCUGAGUUAGCCCAGUCUGAUGCUGCCAAAACUCAUUGGACCACAUCAGUGAGGCCAAGAGGGGGUUACCAAAUUUGGACUAAAUUUGCCUUGGCCGUCCUGUUAGAUGAGCUUUGUUGGGAGAGUGAUGAGAUGCAACACCGCUGCUUCAGCAGUCUCUCACAUUGGCUUUUGAUACCAUCAGCCAUGGUAUCCUCCUGGUCUGUCUACAGAAGAUGGGUACCCAGAGCACUGAUCUGCAUUGGUUCCGGUCUUGAGAUAAUGGGCAAUUCCAGAAGACAGAAUUGGAUGAGUGUUUCACAACCCUCUGUCUCUUCAGCUGUGGGGUGCUGUGUUUCACAACCGUCUGUCUCUUCAGCUGUGGGGAGCAUGAUAUGUCUCCAGUGUUGUUUAAAAUCCAUAAAAUUCAUAUAAUCAUUGAGACUUGAGAUAUAUGUGAAAGGCAAUGCAUUAAUUGAUAAAAUAGUGUACAUUCAAUACCCGGUCUUGAAAGCUUUUUCUGUGGCUCACUUUAAACCAAGGCGACCUAGAGCUGAUUAUCCUUAACACCAUGUUAUAUAAGUAAAUAACUGUUUUUAUAAUGUACAUUUUGAUUAGAUUAUAUCUAUGGAGGAAAUAGAAUCAUGGAAUUGCAGAGUUGGAAGGGACCCUGAAGGUCAUCUAGGCCAAUCCCCUGCAAUUCAAGAAUCUCAACUAAAGCAUCCAAUUCCUGCAAUAAAUGUAAUCUCUUUAGCAAAAAAACCCACAAUCCUCACUCACUUCUCAGAGAAGCUUCUAUAGAGAUAAAAACCCUUUCCCUUCAGAGCUCCUACAGAGGGAUACACUUGUGAUAGCCAAAUUUUGAUUGAGACCAUUGCUGUGAUGUUAUUUAAAGGCAGUUUCCCACCCCAUAUAUUUAUUUGCUGCAUGUAGCAUCUUAACUGUUCUUAUCAAUCUAAACUUAGUGCAUAGCUGUGCAGCAAAAAUUAUGGUGAAUUAGAGUAAUUAAUUAUUGCUGUGCCAUCAUAAAUGAGGGAGGCCUUGCCAAUUUUGUGGAUAAGGCAGCUGUCAUUUUGAAUGCCCACUUCUCUUCUCUUCUCACCUGCACCCCUAGUCGCACUUGUGGAUGUGGCAACAUGUGGAUUCCAAAUCAUGUGUGGGGAACAUAUUCAGGAAUGUGGAAGUCGUAACCAAGGACAUAAUUUCUUUAUCGGAAACUCAACAUACAAUUCCAUUCUUUCCUCUUUCUGUCAGCUUUUUGACAUCCAAUAGACUUGAUUUGAGCAGAAAGAAGAGUUUGGAUUUGAUAUCCUGCUUUAUCACUACCUGAAGGCGUCUCAAAGAGGCUAACAUUCUCCUUUCCCUUCCUCCCCCACAACAAACACUCUGUGAGGUGAGUGGGGCUGAGAGACUUCAGAGAAGUGUGACUGGCCCAAGGUCACCCAGCAGCUGCAUGUGGAGGAGCGGAGACUCGAACCCAGUUCCCCAGAUUACGAGUCUACUGCUCUUAACCUCUACACCACACUGACUCGGGAUGUUUUAAAAUUAUUUCUUCCUAUCCUAAAAUUCAUAGGAGACUCUUUGUGUAUCCAUUUCCAUACCGCGACACCACCCUUAAUCUUGCCUCUGGGUCAAUGCCAAGCAGAUGGGGAUCCAAACAAGUCCAGAAUAAUGCUAAAAGUGGGAGUGGGGAGGAAGGGAAGUGGGAAGGAUUACCCACAUUUGGCAGCAGCUCCUCACACAUCAUGGAAUGCAAGUCCAGAAGAUUCUCUGACUUUCCUGAAUAGCCUGUGGGCUGAUUUGCCACUGAAGGGAGGAGACUGAAAAGCCCCUACACGGACAUGGUGUCUGUGACAGAAAAGUUGGUUCCACAAGUAUUUCUUUUUACUUUUAUCUCCUGCUAGCAAAUGGUUAAAGAACAGCAGCCUCUGAUUGGCUGAGGUUCCAGGAGGGAGAGUGUUUGUAAGGUUGGUUUAGAAUUGUGGUUGUGGAGGGGGAUAGAAUUGAGUUUGGAAAGGUUGGGAGUUAGGUUAGGAGACAGGUUGAAAUAUACAGAGUGCUGAGGAGGGAGAGUAGUUGGUUCAGGAGAAAACAUCCACUCCGAGUGUACAGAGAAAGACUGAGUGUAAUGUCUUGCAGGAGUAAGAGGACUGGAUCUUGCUGGGAGACUGAGGGAGAGACAGGAGAAGUAGUUGAAAAAGGAUCAGUCUACUUAGGUCUCUAACUAGUCUAGAUCUGAACAUAAUUAUCGGCAUGAUAUUUGAGAGAAGAGGGUGGGGGAUAAGUAGCUCCCCACAUGGCUUGUCUUCCCUCAGGAGUGCUGACUCCUAGGGGCUGGACCCCUUUGGGCCCCUCACAAUAUUUGUUAGUGAGGUGUUGGGCCCCCUCAAUGUUUGGACGCUCCUCGCAGCUCCCAGUCCAUAGCAUUCCUCAAGUGAGGCAGGUGAAAGACAAGGUAGAGGAGCAAAUGGAUGGGAACAGUUGCAAAUGCCCCGUCUUAUACUGUAUUGAGAAAUGUUUGAGAAAUGAUAACAUCUCCUGCCUAGCGGGCAAAAUGAGAGGGAACACUCCUACAAGUGAGUCCCCCUUCAGCUCACUCAUCAUCAUGUAGAAGGCUUUGGGGAGAAAUUGGCAGCCCAGGAGAUGUGUUCCAUGUUCUCCCUCCAGAAAGGAUACACGUUCCCUCCAGUUCUCAUCCCAUCCCUUCCUUCCCUGGGCUGAAUAGUACACUGGAAGCUCAGCAGGACUUAGAUCUGGCUGUUUCAUUAGUAAAGAGGCAUGCAUAUUGACAGCAGAAUGCAGAUAAUGAAUUUAAUUUUUUUUAAAGGAAGGAAGGAUGCAUAAUAAUAAUAUUAUAAUGUAUUAUUUAUACCCCACCCAUCUGGCUGAGUUUCCCCAGCCACUCUGGGCGGCUCCCAAUCAAGUGUUAAAAACAGUACAGCGUUAAAUAUUAAAAACUUCCCUGAACAGGGCUGCCUUCAGAUGUCUUUUAAAGAUAGGAUAGCUGCUUAAUAAUAAUAAUAAUUUACCAGCAAGGAAAGAACAGCCUAGCUCAACCUGGAUUUAAACAGCUCAUUCUCUCAUUCAGGGAUGCUUUUCAUCCUUCAUUUUUACUCCGACCAGAGAACUAGUCUUUUGCAGGACUGUGUCUUCAAUUGCACUUAUGUAUAAGUAUACUUAAAAACAACAAUAAACAGUCAAGGAGGAAAUGUUUCUCAUUUGUGGGUGUUGCAUUGCAUCAACAGCAUGUCCCAUUGCAUCAACAGCUGAAGACAUUUUAAUCUUUUCACUCUGAUGAAUGUAAAAAAAAAAUUCUCUAAGAAUCAGGCCACUGCAUGUAGCAACUUGCAUGCUCGUGCCAAGUUGUAAUCCCUCUCAAAAUUACACCUUCAUAUUCUGAUGCAAUGAUAAUCCUAUUAUCUGAUUUCUUCAUCCUUUCAUUUCCUCUUAGUUAA